CUCAGGUCACUCUGUGCUGAUCAGUGAUCAGUGAAAGUCCAUGAGGGAGUUUCCUCUCCUCUGCACAGCAGGACAAUCAUGCACUGAAACACAGGCAGGACACCAACACUGUUGCAGUGAUGCCUCCUCUGGUUCUUCCACCAAACCUUCAUGCUGACGUUCAUCUGUGAGAAGAAGAGUGGAACCAACAACCAUGAGCACCGACACUGUCUGCAGGGCCGAGCUAGACUCGGAGCACCACGGCGAGCUGGCCGACCUGGUGGCAGCCAUGAAUGUGGCGGCCAAUCGCAUGACUCCGCCCAACGGCUUCAGGUCCGGCCCCCCGAGGACGGCAAGACCUCGCCUCUCAGACAGAAAGAUGUCCCUGCAGGAGCGAGGGAGCCGCGUGGCCCGACAGCCCACCAUUGAGACCAAACGUGUGUCCAUCACAGACGCUGAUGACUGUGUCCGGCUCAACCAGUACAAGCUGAAGAAUGAGAUCGGAAAGGGUUCAUAUGGAGUGGUGAAGUUAGCUUACAAUGAAGACUCGGAACAGUACUACGCGAUGAAAGUCGUCUCAAAAAAGAAGCUCAUGAAACAGUGUGGAUUUUUUCGUCGUCUGUCUGCACAAGGUUCCAACUCACAGCAGCAACACGAUCCGUUCCCUAAAGCCACGUUGCCUCUGGAGAAAGUGUACAAAGAAAUCGCCAUCCUGAAGAAACUGGACCAUCACAACGUUGUCAAACUGGUGGAGGUGCUUGAUGAUCCUGUUGAAGAUGGACUUCACAUGGCCUUCGAAUUGAUGUCAAGGGGUCCAGUGAUGGAAGUGCCUACAGACGACCCUUUCACAGAGGAACAGGCUCGUUUUUACUUCAGAGACAUCAUCCUGGGAAUAGAGUACUUGCACUACCACAAGAUCAUCCACAGAGACAUUAAACCCUCCAACCUGCUGCUGGGAGACGACGGUCACGUCAAGAUCGCGGACUUUGGCGUGAGCAAUGAGUUUGAGGGCGCAGACGCGCUGCUUUCGAGCACGGCGGGCACACCGGCGUUCAUGGCCCCUGAGAUGAUGACCGAACACGAGCUGAGCUUCAGCGGGAAAGCAUUAGACGUGUGGGCGAUGGGAGUCACACUGUACUGUUUUGUUUUUGGGAAGUGCCCUUUUUACGAUGAAUACGUCGUCUCUCUGCACAACAAGAUCAAGAGCAAACCUGUGGAGUUUCCAGAGACGCCAUUGAUUAGUAAUGAACUGAAGGAGCUGAUUGGACAGAUGCUGGACAAAAACCCAGGAACAAGAAUCACCAUCCCUGAAGUUAAAGUUCACCCGUGGGUGACAGAGAAUGGCUUGAAUCCGCUCCCUCUAGAGGAGGAGCACUGCACUGCGGUGGAGGUCACAGAGGAGGAGGUGCAGAACAGUGUCAAACUCAUCCCCAGCCUUUCUGCUGUGAUUCUGGUGAAGUCCAUGCUAAGGAAGCGCUCCUUCAGUAAUCCCUUUGAGUGUCAGGGCAGACGAGCAGAGAGGUCCAUGUCUGCCCCCGGUGGUCUCCUUACAGGUUCUUGGGGUUUGUUGGGUUCUUCACCUCUGCUUCAUCCUUCCUUGAGGAAAGUGAGCAAUGAGGGCAGCAGAGACGGAGAGUUGGAGGACUUGUAUGAAGUCGACACAUUUACAGAGUGCACAGACUGAAAUUCACACUUUUAUUUUCGGCUUUGGCAUCAUUCUGACUGUGCUCACAUGAUUGUUGUAAUGCAGAAAACUGUCACGUCACAUUCUGAAUGCAAAUGAGAUAGAUUGUAAGUUAAAUUCAUAAAACAACAGCAAGUAAAAAUAUAAUUCUCUCAAUUCAGCUUGUUUUAAUAAUUAAAUUGCACGUAAAUGGAUGUACAGCAAUUAUUUACUUUUUGUUGUUCUUACCGAUGUAAAUAAGCUAAAUUAAUGAGAUAUUUUUUAAUUUUUUUCCUACAGCUGUUGAAUAAAAUCUCUAAUAUCAAACAGUGA